AUUAAAGCAGCAUAAAAUAAGAAAACAAAAUAUUUAUCUCAAUGUUGAGCAAAUUUUGAAAAAAAUACAUUUUAACAGUUUUUCACAAUAAAAAUCAAAAAUUAAGCUAAAAUUUUAAAGUAAUUAUUGCCAAGAAAAUAUAAUCAAACAUGGCUGACGAUAUAUCAUCUCCGAUGCGUAUGCAAAAGAAAACGAGAAGUGCUUCCAUAUGUGCCACCGGUGGAAGCAUAGAAACCGUUAUUUACAAUAUGCCCUCGGGCAAUAAUACACCAGAUUCACAGGGUACACCCAACUAUAGAAGACGUCGACCUGCCACCAGAUCACAAAGUGCUCGUAUAACAAAUACGGCGGGUAGAUCGGUUCGAAGGCGUCCCCAACAGCAACAACAAAUGCAGCAUAAUUUACAAGAAACUCGUUCAUACUGCACCAGUGAACCCAGACUUAGCGAAACAGAAACACCACCACAAAGAAGGAAACUUUCACAAAGAAGGCCACAACAACAACACCCGCAUCGCAGAUCAAAUGCAUUUCUGGAUGUACCCACCGUGAAUAUGCAUCAUCUGAGAGUGAGCGAUGAUGAGGAUUUAGAUCGUUUAAGAACAUUUAGUGCUUCAAAAGGGGGUAUCAUUAAUCGUGGCGACUCCUUUAGACGUCGUCGUUCACGCAGCAAUAGUUUGGCACCCGUCAGUCCCAUUCACCCACGCGUUGGUGCUUUAGCUGGCUGCACAGAUGCCGAUGUUAAUCCCAACGAUGCCAGCCAACAGCAGCAAGUAGAUGUUUAUCAUGUCGAAAUGCUGGGAGCACCCGGUGUGGGCAAACAAGCACUUGUCUCCCAAUUUCGUACUUCAGACUGUAUUAAUGCUUACGAUGGACCAGAAUGUGAUGAAGCUGAACAAAAUAUUUCAAUUAUUUUAAAUGGUGUCGAAUCGGAAUUGAAAUUUUUAAUAAAUGCACGUGAAUUAAAGGAUGAACUGGAAAAAGCCGAUGCUUUUUUGGUUGUAUACUCUUGCGUGGACAAGGAAUCAUUUACACGAGCUAAACAGAUUUUAUCACGUCUACAAGAUAUGGAUUUAAUUAGAACACGACCCAUUAUAUUGGUGGCAAAUAAAAUUGAUUUAGCGAGAUCACGUGCCGUUUCCGCCCAGGAUGGCAAAUGUUUGGCCUGUACAUUUGGGGCGAAAUUUAUAGAAGUAUCGGUGGGCAUUAAUCACAACUGUGAUGAACUAUUGGCAGGAACUUUAACACAAAUACGCUUGAAAAAAGAACAAAAUUUAUUGCAGCCUAAAACGAAAAAAAUCAAAAAUAAAUCUAAAGAUAAAGAUAAACCAAAAGACAAUUUGAAUAGCGAUAAUAAUUGUCACAAUAAGAAUUAUGAUUUUGAUCAAGGGGAAAAAUCGUUAAAUGAUAAAAAUUGUGAAGUUAUGGGUCAUCGUGAUACCUCACCCUCACCGGCCCACUGGUAUAAGAGUCGCAGCGUUAUGAUGGCCAGCAUGAAGGCAAGACAAAUGUUGACAUGGAUUUUGGGUAAAGAAGAUUCAAAAUUUAAACACUGCGAAAAUUUGCAAGUUUUGUAAAAUAUAUAUAAAAUGUUAUGACACGAUAUACAGGAAAUACAAAUGAUCAAAUAAAUUAUAAAUAAUUAAUAAAAGAAAAGCAUUUCUUUAAAGAAAAACUAUAAUUGCUAAUAAAUAUAUAUGAAUUGUAAUGUUAAAUAUUAAGGUUUCUUUUCAAUAUAUGAUAAAAUAAAGCUAAAACAAUAAUAAUUUAUAU